AUGGAAGCCAAUAACAAGCAACUUUCUCAUCUCAACUUGGUCGUGGACAAGCGGUCAACGACAGAACCUUCAUCUAUCUCUAGGAGCAAGCCACCGCUCACGGCAUCACUCCUUGAAACUUGGCGCCAGCUGGUAUUACACGAGGACACCAUGUCCAGCGGCAAAGUGGAACUCCUGGGAGACAAUGUGGAAAUCCUCCACUACGAACCCGAGGGCGAGGCUCCCACCGCAGAGCAGUUUCCAGCGGCGGGUGCAGAAGACGAGAGCCCCCCCAUGACCAUGGUGUUCACCGUCGAUGAUUUGCUGGACAACAUCGCCACAGCAGAUCCGGCGGAACUGGAGCGGGCCUACAACACCGGACGUGUCUCUCUGGAGGAUAUCGUAGAAGCAGCCCAUCUGUCGUUGAACGAGAUGUGGUGCGACGGUCUUGCCGGGAAGAUAGCAGAGGCGGAGGCGCGAGAGCAGGCGAAGCGCGAGGACGCGGAGCGCUUGGCGGAACGGGAGGCUGCUCUGGCCGCUGCGGCGAGGAAGCAGGAGGAGGAGCCGUGCGGCUGUUCUGGCGGAGCAUGAGGCGUAUCUCCAAGCGGCUAGGGCGAAGCAGGGGGCGCUCCGAUCGCGGCUGAAGGAGCUGGAGCCCCGCCACCAGGAUCCGCGAGCAGCCCCCCACCCCCGUCGCCGUGUUAUCGCCCCCCCUCCCCAACGCAAUCCCAGGUGCACCUUGGUUCCCAUCAUACCGCCUCGCUGCACGAGAAGGAGCGCGAAGUGGCGGCGUCUCCGACGAACGAGCAGGAGCGGAAGAGGACAGCGACUCCGGAGUUUUUGGUGACUUUGGGUCUUCCGGCUGGUGCUGAAGACGAAGUAUCGUUUCCGGCGGCAACCACGGUGUACGAGUUCCACGUUGGAGAAACAGCGUUCCUGUCCCGCCCGCUGGAGAUGCCUGCAGAAGGUGUCACCUUCCACGAUGAGGACAGAUUGGCAGCUCUUUUUGCAUGGGCUGGCAUCAAACAACUUCUCCGUGCACGAUUCCCCCCACCGCGCCCCGUUGCUUUCGGGCACAUCUACCACACACCGUACCUCGCGAAACUUCCGCCUUCUUCGCGGCAGUCCGUGUUCCAGCUGUUGUUCGCUCUCCGUCGUGCCACCUUUCAUGAAGGUCCUCAAGGAACGCCGGUGGUGACCCAGGAGGGAGGACUCCAGCUGCCUCUUGCUCGUGCUGCUUCGACCAACGACUUCAAGCACGAUCUACAAGCCCCCCGGCAGGCCUCUUCACGCCCUGCACAUGGUUCUGGAGAGGACAAGGACUUCAGUAGGUCGGCGGCUCCGGUGUCCAAGAGCUGGAAGAACCGUUGGGGCGACCGGGAUUCGACGGCCAAGAGCGGGACGGACGAGCACCACCCCUUCACCCAGUGUUCGCGAGGGCGCAACGUCGGAGAUAACAGGCGAGGGCGAGCCGUGGGGAACCAGCCUACCAGGUCUUCGCCGGCGAGUCGCCAUCGCCGGAGCAGGAGUCGGAGCGCAGAACGACAACAGCGCACCAAUCCUUCGUCUAGGCGUGGGCGCAGCCGGAGCGGAGACCGUCGUGGGAGAAACACGCCUCCGUCGAGGCGUAGCCGUAGCCGGAGCCAGAACCAGAGCGGGGGCAAUAGCAGGGCGACCAGCACUGACAGCAGUCGCGGUGGAAAAGGGCGACGGAGGUCAGGCCACGGUAACAGGCAAGUGACGUAUGAUC